GGGCACCGAGUCGUCUGGCAAGACUGGCGGGGCACCGAGUCGUCUGGCAAGACUGCGGGCACCGAGUCGUCUGGCGGAACAGCGGGCACCGAGUCGUCUGGCAAGACUGCGGGCACCGAGUCGUCUGGCGGAACAGCGGGCACCGAGUCGUCUGGCAAGACUGCGGGCACCGAGUCGUCUGGCAAGACUGCGGGCACCGAGUCGUCUGGCACGACAGUGGGCUCCGAGUCAACUGGCAUGACCGCUGGCACUGGGUCAGACAUUGGAUCGUCUGGCUGGACAGCGGGCAUCGGGUCACCAGGCAUCAGGUCAUUUGGCUCGCCAGCGGGCACCGCGUCAUCUGGCAAGGCAGUGGGCACCGAGUCACCAGGUACGACAGCGGGCUCUGAGUCAAUUGGCACGACAGCGGGCACCGGAUCAGGUACCGGAUCAUCCGGAUCAACAGCGGGCAUCGAGUCAACUGGCCUAAUAGGAUCGUCAGGCUGGAUCAGUUCAUCAUGCUGGGUAGAGGCAUCAGGCUAAAUGCAGGCAUCCGGCUGAGUAGAGGCAUCAGGCUGAGUGCAGGCAUCAGGCUGAGUGGAGGCUUCAGGCUGAGUGGAGGCUUCAGGCUGAGUGGAGGCUUCAGGCUGAGUGGAGGCUUCAGGCUGAGUGGAGGCUUCAGGCUGAGUGGAGGCAUCAGGCUGAGUACAGGCAUCAGGCUGAGUAAAGGCAU